UUGGGUGAAAAGAGGAACAAGAAAACCCGGAAUGAAUAAAUGGGCAAAAGAAGGGUUUAGGUGGUUACUCAUUCUACUCUUUGCGCCUCCAACGAACCAUUUGCCUGCAACUUUGAGGAUAAGAGAAGUUCGCAUCAAUUUACACAAUGUCUGGUGAGGAGGUUGCUGUUGCUGUUCCUGCUACUGAGACCCCUACCCCAUUGGGGGAGACUAUGGACUUAAUGACUGCUCUUCAGCUUGUAUUGAAGAAGUCUACUGCACAUGGUGGCCUUAUUCGUGGUCUUCACCAGAGUGCCAAAGUGAUCGAGAAGCAUGCUGCUCAGCUAUGCUUGCUGGCAGAAGACUGUGACCAGCCUGACUAUUUCAAAUUAGUCAAAGCUCUUUGUUCUGAGCAUAAUGUUAGCUUGCUCACUGUUCCAAGUGCCAAGACCUUAGGAGAGUGGGCUGGUUUGUGCAAGAUUGAUUCAGAGGGGAAAGCAAGGAAAGUUGUUGGCUGCUCAUGUGUGGUUGUGAAGGACUACGGCGAGGAGUCAGAAGCGCUCAAUUUUGUUCAGCAGCACAUCAAGUCUCAGUAAAGGAUUCCUCCUAUCAAGUCAGGCCAAGUUUAACAAUUUUGUUAUGUAGUCUUGUGCGUUUUUAGAGUUUGUGACUUUCAUCCAGAGGAAAUUUUUGGGAACAAAUGAGAUACUUGUUGCAGUAUUUAUCUGGUUAAUAGUAAAGUUAGUUGCACUGGUUUUUAGACUUA